AGGGUAUGUCCAGAAAGAUGAGUGAAUCGUAGGCUUCUCUAAUUUGAACACGAAUGAAACAGCGUAAGGCAUUUGAAUCUUCAAUUGGAGAAUUGACUUUGGGGAACAUUUUCGCAGACGUAGUUGUUGCUGUAUGAGAAUGGUAUACUGUUGACGUAAAAAUGUGAACAAUAAAGUGUGGAGUGUCGAAGAAGAAAUAAUUAAUUGUAAAAAAAAUUGUUUUCAUUCCACAGAGAUGCAUUUAAGGAUAUUUGCUCUCAGUUUUUUUACCGUGCUCUGUAUUUCGCAUGGCCUGGAGGAGGAUUGCGUAGACUUCCAGGGCCAGUUGGUGGGGCACGGCCUGCUGUACGUGCCGGGCCCCAACGUCUGUUCGUUAUGCGUGUGCUACCAUAGCGAGCCCAUGUGGUGCCAGGCCAUCUACUGCGACCCUCCCUACUACUGCAAGCGGUUCCGUGCCGGUACUCGCUGCUGUGAGUUUGAGUGUCUGGACGAACCAACGAGCCAGUCAAAUGACUUUAUCAUGGACAGUUCUGCAUCCAAAGCUCAAAGAUUCUGGAGCAUUCUUGUGUUUGGAGUGAUUCUGACACUGAUGCUGGUGCAACAGAUUGUACUAAAGCCACUUCAGUUUGAGCCUGUUAAGCAGAAUAUAAAAGCAUGAAUCCUAUAAGAUAACUUUUUGUCUGCUUGUCUUCAGUGAAGCUUUUUGUGGAUAUUCAUUACAGUUAUUAAAAAUGAAUUCAAUAUGUUUAACCAAACAUCUAUUUCAGUAUGUAUAGUUAAUUAUUACAGUAUAUAGUUAAAUUACUUAUAUGCAUGACAAGUACCUAUGGAAGUUUUUCUGGAGAAUUAAAAAAAAGUAUCUUAAUUUUUUUUUGCUAGUACCACAUAUAUUUAUGUAUUGUAU